CUCAGUGACACACUAGAAAGCUGUUUUCCCUUUGGGCUGGGAAAGCAGCUGCCGCUGCUCCUCACCGAGUCCUCGCAGGAUGCCUUUCCAGCAGGGCUCUGCCCGGACGCGGCAGCGCACCAUCCUCCUGGUGGGGAUGGUGGUCCUGCUGGCCGCCCUCCUCCUCGCCGUCGUGCUGGCCUCUGUCCUGACACAUGGCAAUCAGGUCAGCUCCAAAAUGCUGAAGUGGAAGGACAGAGGGACCACUAAGAAUCUGCGAGAAGUCGUCCUGGGAAGAUGCUACAGCUACGUCAUGGCGCAGUACCCUGAGCUGGGAGAUAAGGAUUGCCUAAAAAUAUGGGAAACAUUAAAACAUGCGUUCAUUUACAAGAAUCCCUGUAAUAUUACAUCAGAAGAUUAUCAGCCUUUAAUGGAGUUAGCGAGUCAUCGUAUACCCUGUAACAAGUCACUGUUCUGGAGCAAGACAAGUGACCUCGCUCAUCGUUACACAAAAUCCAAUCAAAAUUUCCUUACCUUGGAGGACACCUUGUUGGGUUAUAUGGCUGAUAGGAUUUCAUGGUGUGGAGACCCCUCUGCCCCAGGAAUCAACUAUGAAUCUUGUCCAAAACGAAGUGAAUGUGAGAGCAAUCCUAGCUCUGUAUUCUGGAAAAUGGCAUCCAAGAUGUUUGCAGAAGCAGCUUGUGGUGUGGUUCAAGUGAUGCUCAAUGGAUCAGUAGAAGCAGGAGCUUUCAGAAGCAGCAGCAUCUUUGGAAGUAUUGAGAUCUUUAACCUAAAUCCAGAUAAAGUCUCAGAGGUACACAUUUGGCUUAUGCAUGACAUCGGUGGACCUCAAAGUGAAUCCUGCUCAGGUCAUUCCAUAAAGAGGUUAAAAAGCAUCUUAGAAGAGCGAAACUUUAAGAUCACCUGUGAAGACAAUUACAGGCCGGUUCAGCUCCUUCAGUGUGUGCAUAACCCUGACCACGCAGACUGCAGACUUUGCACCAACACCACGGCAGCGCCAUGAGCGGAGCCUUCCGUGCUAAUGAAGACUUUAUUUGUGUGUAAAGCUGGAAAAGACAUGGCUACAUAGCUUAGAGUGAUAAAUAGUAGCGUGGUGUGUACAGAGUCCAUAACCAGAAAUCCUUGCUGUGACACUAACAGCCAAAUAGCAGGAGAUGAUACUUUAGGUGUGGUUACUGUACCCGCACACACACAGAGGGGCUGGGGGCACGUUCAGUGGUUGAAGGCAGAUGCUUUGCCCUGGUUUGCUCCCUCUGCGCCCAGAGGCCCAGAGCAGGGAGUCCCUGGGCCAUGCACAGAGACGAAAGAGACUUCUCACUGGAACAGAACUUGCUUCCAACUUUCACAAAAUGUCCCUCAGGCCAGAACUUGGGCAUCCACUGGAAUAGAGGCAAACAUCAAGAGGUUGCCACAAUAAGGAGUCUCGCUUGACCUCCAUUUCUGAGGUGAAAGGUGACGCCUUGCAGAGUGUAAUUCACAGGUGUGGACAUGCCGUAGUACACUGAAACAGCAGGUUACAUUGAUUUCCUUUGAUUUCCAUUUUGCCAGUCUCAUGCAUAUUGAAGCGCAGUGUUUAUAACAAAAUAAAGAUCUGAGGACAGCUUC